AUGUCUUGGGUAUAUUUAGCAUUGAUAUUUACUGCGGUAAUUACAAAUGCUCAAGGAAUACCACCGCCAUUCGAUGUUCGUAUUGACCAUUAUAAAGUUGAAACAAUAAAAGACUUAGUAAUCAACACACCUCGACCCCGAUUAUCGUGGAAAUUACCAAAUUUUGCAGAGCGCAAUGUUCAACAAACGGCAUAUCAAAUUCAGCUUAAAUUUGAGAUCGAUGAAUGGGACAGUGGCCGAAUAGAUUCAAGCCGAUCGAUUCACGUUCCAUGUACAGACAAAAAUGAUCUUAAACCAUCAACGAAUUAUCAAAUUCGACUUCGUAUAUGGACAACAUUAUCGAAUCAAGCAAGUUUAUGGACUGAAUGGAUACAAUUUCGAACAUCAGUAUUCAAUUUACAUGCAUAUAUCAUGCAACUAAACGAUCAAGUCAAUUGGAUUGGUUCAACACAGAUCUAUAUGAAUGAAUUAAGAAAAGAAUUCAAUGUAUCUAGUGAUAGUCCUAUUCGAACAGCGACAGCUUAUGUGUCGGGCAUUGGUUAUUAUGAAUUGUAUGUCAAUGGAAAUAGUACUGAUCUUAGUCGAAAAUUAGAUCCCGGUUGGACAACAUAUGAAAAACGAACUUUACUAGUAUCGUAUGAUCUUACAACGACUAUCAAGGCUGGUAUGAAUGCUGUAGGUGUGAAAUUAGGUAAUGGUUGGUAUAGUCAAGAACAAUAUGUACCACCUUCUGCUAGUGAACCUAACUAUGGUCCUCCUCGUCUUCUAUUUGUAUUACAUAUUAUUUUUGAAAAUUCCGAUGAUAUGGCAAUCUAUAGUGAUCAAACAUGGAAAGGUCGUCAAGGAUCAAUUGUACACGAUAGUGUUUAUAAUGGUGAAAUAGUUGAUAAUCGAUAUGAUCGUCCUGGUUGGGCUCAAGUUGGAUUCAAUGAUUCAUUGUCACUUUGGAUUACACCGGAAAUAAUGCCACCGCCAGUAAAUAUAACUGCUAAUGGACAAAUGACUCUACAAGAUAUGCCGCCAAUACGUGCUGGUCCUGAUGCGUUACAUUUUGAAAUUGAAAAUCCAUCAGAGAUGAAGAAUAGUUAUUUAUCAAAAGAAGAUUUUAAUGAUAUUCAAGGUGCACGAUUACACGAUGGUGGAAUAUUGAAACCGAUUAGUGUAUCAACACCAGUGUUAGGUGUGCAUACAUUUGAUAUGGGUCAAAAUAUGGUUGGUUGGUGUCGUUUUCAUUUUCGUGGCCCACGUGGCCUUGGUAUUUAUAUUCGUCAUGCUGAAAUAUUAGCACAACCAGUUGUUUCGACUCACCAAGCCUACGGUAGUAUCGACACACAAAAUCUUCGUGGUGCUACGCAAGCUGAUAGUUAUAUAUUACGUGGAGAUCCAAAUGGUGAAAUUUAUGAACCACGUUUUACUGUGCAUGGUUUUCGUUUUAUAACUGUCUUUGGUUCACCAAAUUCUUUAUCAGUGAACGAUGUCGAAUGUCUUGUUGUACACAGUGAAACAACAGUCAAAGGACAUUUCGUUUCAACGAAUCCAAUCAUUAAUCAAAUUCAACAUAAUGUUCAAUGGGGUCAAUUAGGUAAUUCAAUGUCAUUACCAACAGAUUGUCCACAGCGUGAUGAACGAAAAGGAUGGAUGGGCGAUGCUGCAUUGACUGUCAAUGAAGCUCUAUAUAAUUUUGAUUUGAUCAAAUUCUAUUUAAAUUUUCUGAAUCUCAUUGGUGACAUCCAAUUAGGUGAUGGUUCAAUAGCGGACACCGUGCCAGUAACAUUCGGUGGUUAUCCUGCUGAUCCCAAUUGGGGUACAGCAUUACCAACUAUCACAUGGCAAUUAUAUCGUCAUUAUAAUGAUUUAUCUAUUAUUCGCGAUCAUUAUUCUCAUGUUCGUGCUUAUGUUGAAUCUGUUCGUGGAGGCUACAAUAGAACAGGUUUAGCUAGACUUGCUUAUCAUUAUGGCGAUUGGGUUCCACCUCCACCACAACGAAUGACAAAUGUCUAUUUGAUUGCAUCGUAUGGAUUUUUGCAUGAUGUUUCAUUAUUGGUCAAUAUGUCUCAAGCUAUCGGUUUUACUAAUGAUACACAAGCAUAUUCAGCAUUCUAUUUACAAUUAGCUGAAGAAUUUCAUCGAGUAUUUUUUACAGCAUCAGCUGGUUAUUAUGCAGAUGGUAUGCAAGCAGCACAAAUAUUGGCAUUAGCUUUACCAAAUGUUGUCCCAGUUAAUGUGCGCGAUAGUGUUUUACAACAUUUAAUUCAAGAUAUUAAUAGUAAAGGAAAUCAUACAUCAACAGGCAUUGUAUCAACAGCAGCACUUUAUCCACUUUUGUCUGAUAAUGGUCAACACGAUUUAGCAGUUGAAUUAGUUUCGACAAUCACAUAUCCAUCGUAUGGUUAUAUGUUUAAUAAUCCGUAUGAAAAUGCAACAACUAUGUGGGAAUUAUGGGAUGCACCGAUGGAAGGUCCAGGAAUGAAUUCACGAAAUCAUCAUAUGUUUUCAAGUAUCGGGGCGUGGUUUUAUUCACAUUUAGCUGGUAUAGAUUUUCAAUCGGAUUUAAUUCUUAUUCACCCACGAAUGUUAUCAGAAAAUAAAAAACAUCUCUUAACGAAAAUUGAUUGUCAACUAAGUACUUUGUAUGGGCUUGUUCAUGUUUCAUAUACACGUGAUGAAAGGGAUACAUUUGCCAAUUCAAUUUUACUCCGAGUUUCAAUACCAUCGAAUGCUCGAGCGCAAGUUAUAUUCGAACCAUUGUAUCCCGGUGCUCGAUGUGUGACAAUAAUGGAAAACUAUAAAGUUAUCUGGUCGAUUGAUAGUAAGGAUAAUAGUGUUUUUCAUGAUGUCAACACUGGUUUAAUGACUCGUCAAGUUGGAUCAGGAGAUUAUGAAUACCAAGCCUUUUGGGAAUGA